UUACACUAGUAUCGUCACAACCCGUUUCUCGGGACCCUCUCUUUCGAUCUCGCGCACCCGUCUGCCACCACCGAAAAUUCGGCAUUCUGCAUUCGUUUGUCCUGCUAUAUUGUGCUGAGAAUAUCGACCUCGGAAAUUGAUCUGAACCUCUGGGUCCAAGCAUGCGUUUCCUGCAGCCGUCAACCCUUGCCUUUGGGCUGGCUACCGCGACAAAAUUGGUCGAGGCUCAGGCACAGUUUCUCGUUAACGAGCUGAGCUUUGGAUACUCCGGAAGGAUAAAUGAUCGAGGCCAGGCAACCGUACCAGGUUUCUCCAUACAGGGCAUACCGAACGUCCCUGAAGUCUUGUCGAACAAGGUCAUCCUCACUCCCCCGGCACCUGGCAAUACUCGAGGCGCGAUAUGGGCCGACCAACCGAACAAGUACGCGACAUGGGUGGCCGACGUCGACUUUAGGGUGAACGGUCCCGAGAGGGGUGGUGGCAACCUCAAUAUCUGGCUUGCGCGACGGGGGAACCAGGAGAUCGGCUCAGCCAGUAUUUACACGGUCAGCAGAUUUGACGGCCUAGCCCUCGUCAUCGACCAACACGGUGGCUCGGGAGGCAUGAUCCGGGGCUUCUUGAACGACGCCAAUAUCGAUUUCAAGACACAUCAAAAUGUCGACAGUCUGGCUUUUGGGCACUGCAAUUACGCCUACCGCAACCUGGGUCGGCCCUCGCAGAUCAAGCUGACGCAGACGCCCCAGGCGUUCAGGGUGGAAGUGGGUGGCCAGCUGUGUUUCGAAAGCGACAAGAUUGCCAUUCCUCCAGGAUACUACUUUGGCAUCACGGCCGCCGCGGCAGACAACCCGGACUCCUUCGAGAUUUUUAAGAUGGUGACCAUGACCGAAAACCUCGAGGCUAAGCAUGAUGCGCCUCCUCAGCAGGGCCAGCCAAACCAGAAGCAGGCGCAGGCGCAGACAAGCUACGGCCGCAAAUCGAACAAUCAAAAUAACCAAAACAACCAGAACGGUCAAAACUACCAAAAUAGCCGAGAUACAGACGAUGCUUUUGACGACACCAUCCCCGACGCACUCGCCGACACGAUCACGAGCUCCAAGGCGCAGUUCGAGGACUUGCACAACCGUCUCCAGAGCACCAACCACCACCUCUCGACCAUCUUCCGCCAGGUUUCGAGCCUAGGCAACAUCGGCGAGAAGCGGCACGAAGAGGUUUCCAAAGCCAUACACGAGAUGAAGCAGCUGCUGUCGAAGCUCGACAGGCUGGACUCGCUGCAGAACGAGAUUACCAAGCUGCAGCGGGACAUGAGGGAAGUGCGGAACGACAUCCACGUGAAGGUGAAGGAUUCGGAGCACGCGGUCAAGAGCUUCAUCGGCACGAACCACGGCACCAUGCUGGAACACGUGGCGGUGCAGAGCGCACCGAAGCACGGGAAGCUCAUCUUCAUCAUCAUCGGAAGCCAGGUGCUCAUCGUGGCCGGUUACAUCAUCUACGAGCGCAGGAAAACUACGCCCAAGAAGUAUCUAUAAGCGGGAAGGGCGAGCCAGCGGCCGAGGCUAUCUCUUCGGGGGCCGCCGGGCGGCGGGCUGGCGGGAACUUUUUUGUCUGUAUUAAAAAAGGGGCGAGGAGGGAGUGGCGGCGAAAAAAAGACUCGGAUGUGAAAUGAAUGUUGCAUGAC